AUGACGCUUCGAUCGCGACUCCGGUCCAUCACCGAGUACAACAUCUCGACCUUCCGCCGCCACUAUGUCUCUGAAAUCGCCGGCUCACUCGGCGACCUGGGGACCUUUCUCCCCAUUGCCCUCGCUCUAGCCGCCAAUGGCACAGUCUCACUCGCCAGCACGCUCAUCUUCUCCGGCAUCUUCAACAUCAUAACCGGCGCCGUCUUCGGCAUCCCACUGCCAGUGCAGCCCAUGAAAGCCAUUGCAGCCGUUGCUAUCACACGCUCCUUCUCCCCAGGGUCAAUCGCUGCAGCCGGUCUCUUCGUCGCUGCGGUCCUCUUCCUCGGAAGUAUCACAGGUCUCCUGCAAUGGUUCACCCGCGUCAUCCCGAUCCCCGUAGUCAAGGGCAUCCAAGUCGGCGCUGGCCUCUCCCUCGUCAUGGCCGCCUGUACAACCCUGCAUGACCUAGGCUGGAUUCACCCCUCCUGGGCCGACAACCGCAUCUGGGCGAUUGCCGUCUUCAUCGCACUCCUCCUCACAAACAGCACAAUCAAGCGCCUCCCCUACGCACUCAUCGUCUUCAUCAUCGGCCUCGUCCUUGCAAUCAUCCGCAGCGCAUUCGCCUCGCACCUUCCCUCUUUCCACAUCUGGCAUCCGCCCCUCGUCAUCCCGCACGGCUCGCAGUGGUCCAAGGGUGCCAUCGACGCAGGCCUCGGCCAGCUCCCGCUGACGACUCUCAACUCCGUCGUCGCAGUCGUGCAUCUAGCAGCCGAUCUCCUCCCGUCCGUUCCAACACCAACCGUAACAGCCAUUGGCCUGAGCGUGUCACUCAUGAACUUCGUCGGCGUCUGGUUCGGCGCCAUGCCCGUCUGCCACGGGUCUGGUGGUCUCGCGGCGCAAUACCGCUUUGGUGCGCGCUCCGGCGCAUCGGUUAUCUUCCUUGGUGUCGUUAAGCUCCUCCUGGGUCUGAUCUUCGGUGAGAGCCUUGUUGAUCUCCUGCACCGGUUCCCGAAAGCCCUUCUCGCGGUGAUGGUUAUUGCCGCGGGUCUGGAGCUCGUGCGUGUGGGCGAGAGCCUGAAUACAUCGGGUGCAAGGGAUCUCGCGCGGCACGCGGAGGAUGCAGAUGCGGGCGCGGAGACUGAAUCGAGGAUUCAUAUUGGGGAGGAGGAGCGUACACGUAGGUGGAUGGUUAUGAUGGUUACGGUGGGGUUGCUAGUUGGGUUUAAGAAUGAUGCCGUGGGUUUUGUUGGAGGGAUGCUGUGUCACUGGGCGUACGAGUUGCCGGGGUACGUUGAGCGGGGGAAGAGGAGGUGGGGUGAGGGGAGGGUUCGGCUGCCUUGA